UCUUUAGGCCAGUUUUACCACAGCACAUGCGCAGUACAGGAUCUGUCUGUUCGUUUGUCGGCGCUACCAAUAAAGUUUUAGUGAGCACAGACUCUCUUUUCUUUGGCAAGAUGGCGGAGUACGACUUGACUACUCGCAUCGCGCACUUUUUGGAUCGGCAUCUAGUCUUUCCGCUUCUUGAGUUUCUCUCUGUAAAGGAGAUAUAUAAUGAAAAGGAAUUAUUACAAGGUAAAUUGGACCUUCUUAGUGAUACCAACAUGGUAGACUUUGCUAUGGAUGUAUACAAAAACCUUUAUUCUGAUGAUAUUCCUCAUGCUUUGAGAGAGAAAAGAACCACAGUGGUUGCACAACUGAAACAGCUUCAGGCAGAAACAGAACCAAUUGUGAAGAUGUUUGAAGAUCCAGAAACGACAAGGCAAAUGCAGUCAACCAGGGAUGGUAGGAUGCUCUUUGACUACCUGGCGGACAAGCAUGGUUUUAGGCAGGAAUAUUUAGAUACACUCUACAGAUAUGCAAAAUUCCAGUACGAAUGUGGGAAUUACUCAGGAGCAGCAGAAUAUCUUUAUUUUUUUAGAGUGCUGGUGCCAGCAACAGAUAGAAAUGCUUUAAGUUCACUCUGGGGAAAGCUGGCCUCUGAAAUCUUAAUGCAGAAUUGGGAUGCAGCCAUGGAAGACCUUACACGGUUAAAAGAGACCAUAGAUAAUAAUUCUGUGAGUUCUCCACUUCAGUCUCUUCAGCAGAGAACAUGGCUCAUUCACUGGUCUCUGUUUGUUUUCUUCAAUCACCCCAAAGGUCGCGAUAAUAUUAUUGACCUCUUCCUUUAUCAGCCACAAUAUCUUAAUGCAAUUCAGACAAUGUGUCCACACAUUCUUCGCUAUUUGACUACAGCAGUCAUAACAAACAAGGAUGUUCGAAAACGUCGGCAGGUUCUAAAAGAUCUAGUUAAAGUUAUUCAACAGGAGUCUUACACAUAUAAAGACCCAAUUACAGAAUUUGUUGAAUGUUUAUAUGUUAACUUUGACUUUGAUGGGGCUCAGAAAAAGCUGAGGGAAUGUGAAUCAGUGCUUGUGAAUGACUUCUUCUUGGUGGCUUGUCUUGAGGAUUUCAUUGAAAAUGCCCGUCUCUUCAUAUUUGAGACCUUCUGUCGCAUCCACCAGUGUAUCAGCAUUAACAUGUUGGCAGAUAAAUUGAACAUGACUCCAGAAGAAGCUGAAAGGUGGAUUGUAAAUUUGAUUAGAAAUGCAAGACUGGAUGCCAAGAUUGAUUCUAAAUUAGGUCAUGUGGUUAUGGGUAACAAUGCAGUCUCACCCUAUCAGCAAGUGAUUGAAAAGACCAAAAGCCUUUCCUUUAGAAGCCAGAUGUUGGCUAUGAAUAUUGAGAAGAAACUUAAUCAGAAUAGCAGGUCAGAGGCUCCUAACUGGGCAACUCAAGAUUCUGGCUUCUACUGAAGAACCAUAAAGAAAAGAUGAAAAAAAAAACUAUAAAAGAAAGAUGAAAUAAUAAAACUAUUAUAUAAAGGGUGACUUACAUUUUGGAAACAACAUAUUACGUAUAAAUUUUGAAGAAUUGGAAUAAAAUUGAUUCAUUUUA